AAUGAGCUCGCUAAUUGGUCAACGAAUUAGAACAAGAAAUAACGGAGUUGAUUCGAAUCGAAUCUUAAUGCACGAUGUAACUGAAAAAGCAUUUGAAGAGAUUGAGCAAGAUGGAUUUGAAGAAGAAAUUCCCGGAAUGUCUAAUAGUCGCAACUUGACGGUUAACGAUCAACGAGAAUUCGACGAGUUGCGGGAAAUUUUUAAUAGAGAGUACGAGACAUUAACCGAUGAAUUUAGCGAAACGACAAUUAAGCUUAAAGAAGUAGAAGAUCAUUAUACAGUGGCGAAAGAUGAAGUUAUUCAACGCCGACAAGAGGUUCUUCAAGCGCAAAUCGAAUUAGACGAAAUCAGUCAACACUUGGAUAUACUUAAACAAGAAACCGAAAUCUUGAAAACAAAUCACGUGGACAUUCAAGCUGAUAAUGAGGGUUUGAGAAUUCUGUCUGAAGUCUCAAAGGCAUGGAAAGAAGGUUUGAAUGGUCGAGAUCAACUAUUGAAUUUCGACGAAAUCCUCAAAGAUCAAUUACCUCGAGGUCAAACAGUAGACAGGCUAUUAAAUGAACGUCGAGUUGAUUUGUGGAGUGUGUUUAAUCCAGCUAUCAGCUUUGAGCAUCAGAGGCAAAAAGCCAACAGUAAAUCGAAUUUAAAGAUAAGGUCGACAGUAAGAGUUCAAUCGACCGCCAGUAAGACAAAUGCACCUAACAAGUCCCAGUCGAGAAUUAUUUUCAAUGACUAA